AUGAUGAACGUCUCUUACUCUACCGGCCGCGCUGCGCUGCGCCUGAGCCGCUCUUCUUUCCGCCACUUGUGCGGCUCCAGAGUCGCCGGCUUCGCCUACCACUCGUAUCCUUUGCCGUCCAAGAUCCCUGAACCUCCUAGGAGCGACGACAUCUCCAAAGCAUCCAUCGCCCAGCCAGAAGCUUUACCUCGAGUCCAUGAGACACGGCCGCCUCUACAGCACGACGCCGCAUCCAAGCCAACAGCCCCGCCGCAGGUCCAAUCUCAGUCAACGCCUUCUCCGGCAACAUCAUCAGCUCCUACAACCCUAAAGGCCAGCGAAGCUACUACCACUACCACAAGCGCAAAGCCCGCUACACGACCCCGUUCCAAGCUCCGAGCUCGCAAGGCGGCCAUGAAGCUCACCCCCGCUGCUGUUGAUCAGCUUCGCGCACUGCUCAACCAACCUGAUCCGAAGCUCAUCAAGGUCGGUGUACGGAACCGGGGCUGUAGCGGGCUGGCAUACCACCUGGAAUACGUUGAUAAGCCUGGCGCUUUCGAUGAAACGGUGGAGCAAGAUGGUGUCAAGGUCCUGAUCGAUAGCAAGGCGCUGUUCAGCAUUAUUGGUACCGAGAUGGAUUGGGCAGAGGACAAACUGAGUCAGAAGUUUGUGUUUAAGAACCCCAACAUCAAGGAACAAUGUGGUUGUGGAGAGUCAUUUAUGGUCUGA